AUGGUCCAGCUCUCUACCUUCCUCGGCGCUCUCGCCCUGACCGUUUUCUCCGUCCAGGCCGUGCCCGGUCUUUCGUCCCGCCAGAGCAUCCCGGACCCCUCCGGCGAGAAAAACGUCGGAAACGGAGCUGCCAUCCAGUUCGUCGGCGGGCAGUGCCUCGGCGCGGCCGAUUGCGCCUCCGGAUGCUGCGCAACCCUCCCCCAGGGCGGACAGACCAUCGGCGUCUGCUCCGGCGUCGGUGCCCAGAACCAAGCCGGCAAACAGGGCUGCGGCUUCGAGGCCGGCGGCGCCGACAACCAGGGCGGAGAUCAGGGAGGGGAUCAGAACGACGAGGAGGGCGGAAAUGAGAAUACCAAUGGGGGAGGCAACCAGAACAACGGCCAAGCCGGAGGCACCGUCCAACCCAGUGGCAUCACACCCGAUCCCUCGGGCGCUGCCAACGUCGGGAAUGGCCAAGGCAAGCAGUUCAUCACGGGCGAGUGCACCAGUGAUGCCGACUGCGGCUCCGGUUGCUGCGCGUUGGUCAAUACCGGCGAGGCGAACUUUGGUGUCUGCUCCGGGCCGCAGGCCAACACCCAGAACGGAAAGCAGGGACACUCUCCAUCAUUCCUCUUACACAUCCUCACCCUCUUCCUCGGGAUCCUGGCUGUGGUCAGCAAUGCCCGUGAUGCCCCGCAAAACCUCCAGGACUUCUACGACGCGGUGCGGGCCAAAGGCCACUGCUCCAACAAGCUGGGAACGGGCUUCUACAGCCGCGACAACGGCUCCAACGACUUCGCCUACUGCGGCGACCACCUCGCCUCCUCCGGCGUCAUCUACCUGCAGGGCCCCAACGGGUCGCUCGCCAACCUGGACGUGGACUGCGACGGGACAGACGGCGGGGCGCGCGACGACGGGCGGUGCCGCGCGGAGCUGAGCCCGGACCUGCAGGGCAGAACCUCGUUCCGCGACGCGCUGUCCGCCUACGGGCGCGGCGUAGGGGACCUCAACCCCUACGUGCACCCGUACGUGUGGCGCGCGUUCGACCCGGCGGCGCACGGCAUGCGCCCGCUCAGCGUCAUGGCCGUGCUGUGCCCGGACCGGCGGCUGGUGUACGGGGUGUGGGGCGACACGAACGGGGAUGACGGCGACAAGCCCAUGGUCGGGGAGGCGUCGCUGGCGCUGGUCACGGCGUGCGGUGGGGGCCGGGUGACGGGGGCCAACGGGAUCGACGAGGACGCGGCUCUGUUCUUGGGGUUCACGGGCGACGAGGCCGUGCCGGGCCCGGACGGGGCGGAUUGGAAUGCGACUGACUUUGACGCGUUUGAGGGGAGCAUCGAGGGCUUGGGGGACCGGCUGGUGGAGCGUGUUCGGGUUGUUGGGGACGCGGAUGCGGCGUGCAGUAGUCGGCUGGGUUGGGCCGUGGCAAUGGCCGCGGCUGCUGUCGUUGCGGUGUUGGGGGCUCGUGGAUUGCUUUGA